AUGUCUGUCACCAUCGAAACUACCGACGUUCCCACUGCCCCUAUGUCUUCUGAGCCUAUUCUACUCGGACAGAAGUCCAGAAUGCCCGAGUUCAGCCUCGCCGGCAAGGUGGUGCUAGUCUCAGGUGCUGGCCGUGGUCUCGGAUUGACCCAAGCGGAGGCCCUUCUGGAAGCCGGCGCAAAAGUCUAUGCGCUUGAUCGUCUUGAGGACCCGGCUCCCGAAUUCAUCCAGGUCCAACGGCGCGCAAAGGAACUCGGCACCGAGCUGCAUUACCGUCGUAUCGACGUACGUGACACAGAGCUCCUCAACAGCGUGGUCGAGAGCAUCGCCAACGAGGAAGGCCGCAUGGACGGUCUCAUUGCUGCCGCGGGUAUCCAACAGGAGACCCCGGCACUGGAGUAUUCCGCCAAAGACAGCAACACCAUGUUCGAAGUCAACGUCACCGGUGUGUUCAUGACCGCGCAGGCAGUGGCCAAGCAAAUGAUUCGCUUUGGGAACGGAGGUAGUAUCGCUCUGAUCGCCUCUAUGAGUGGCACUAUUGUCAAUCGGGGCCUUAUUUGCCCCGCCUACAACGCUAGCAAGGCAGCCGUCAUCCAACUUGCUCGCAACCUCGCCGCUGAAUGGGGCCAGUACAACAUCCGCGUCAACACUAUCUCUCCGGGUUACAUUGUCACGUCUAUGGUUACGAACUUGUUCGUUCAGUUUCCUGAGCGCGAGGUACAGUGGCCCAAGGAGAACAUGCUUGGUCGUCUCUCUCGUCCCGAGGAGUACCGUGGUGCUGCGGUCUUCCUGCUUAGUGACGCUAGCUCGUUCAUGACUGGUAGUGACCUGCGCAUGGAUGGUGGCCACGCCGCGUGGUAG